GUCGACCAGUCGCUGGCCGGCCGGUGAAAGGGAGAGAGGUCGACGCGCGGCCGUACGGAGUUCGGAGGGCACCGCCGCGACGGUCCGCACUGCCGCCGGGAGAAACGUGACGUGAAGCCGCGCCGUGACGGCAGCCGGUCGUGACCGGGUGUGACGCUCGAUCGUGACAGCCGUGACGCUCCCAGACACCGGUGGUGACCCGUGACGAUCCGUGUAUAACGCCGGUGUGACGAUCAUACCAGCGGUGCAGGGACCGGGGACCAGCGAUCGUCCCGAACCCGCCACGAUCUGCGGAGUCACGGAUCGGGGCUGCCGCCGAAUCCCCGUGAAUCCGGACACGAGUGUCGGCUGAGCCCGUGGGUCCGCCUGCGGGAUCCGCUUUGGGGCAUCCCAGGGGACCAGCGUGCGCCGCUGGCCUUGGUCCACUCGUGGGAUCAUCCUGAGAUCGGGGCGGCAGUGCGGAAAGGAUCCGGGCCGGGCCGUGACGCCGGCGGCGGAGGGGAACCGUACAGUGGUGGUGUUGGCAGUACACGUGCUGGUUCUGAGGAGCGGACGGAGCGGCUGUCUGUGACCCGCCGGCCGGACGGGGGACUCCCGUGACGUCCCGUGACGGCCGGUGACGGCGUGUGAUGGUGACGUCGGCCGUUGUCGUCUGACGGUCUCGGUGAUGUCGGGGCGGCGGCCGGGCCGGACCGCCGGGCCGGUGCCGGUGCUCUGCGCCGCUCUCCCGCUGCUGCUGUCGCUCGCAGAGCUGGUUCAAGGACUAUGUCCGUCGCCGGCGGUGAAGCUCAACAGUCGCGUCAGCUACAGCUCCGAGCAGCUGUCGGAGGGCACCGUAGCCACCUACAGCUGCGACCCCGGCUUCGUCCGGCUCGGGGAGAAGAGCCGGCUGUGUGGCCCAGAUGACGCCUGGACUGGAAAGCCACCCGCUUGCGUGACGAACGUGGCGCAGGGCAAGCCCGCGUCGCAAUCGUCGUCGGCGCGCAGCGGCCCGGCCUCCAACGGUAACGACGGAGACAGCAGCUCACUGCACGACGGCGGCCGGUGCACGGAGACGCUGAACGAGACGUCACCCUGGUGGCGGGUCGACCUGCUGGACAGCUACCCGGUGCAGAUGGUGCGCGUCACCACCAGAGGCUGCUGCGGUCAGCAGCCGAUGCAGGGUGUCGAGGUACGGGUCGGUACCAGCGACGACCCUCAGCAGAACCGACUGUGCUCGUGGCUCCCGGGCGCGCUGCCCGAGGGUCAGGAUCACGACUUUGUGUGCGCGCGGCCCGUGACCGGCCGCUACGUCUACGUCCAGAUGGUGGGCGUGGUGGGCGUGCUCUCCGUCUGCGAAGUGGAGGUGUUCACCGCACAAGAGUUCGCGAAGGAGCAGUGUGCGCCGAGUGUUCCUCUGGAGCGUCUCAGUCUGUACAACCAGAUCUGCUACGAGCUGCACCUCACCGAGGGCACCAACUACCGCGAGGCUCGCCAGUACUGCCAGCGCAACAGCGGCGACCUGGUGCACACCCUGCCCGACCCGGCGUUUAAGUUCCUGGUAAACCAGCUGGAGCGAACUGCAGACCAGCUGACCACCAAGCUGCUUUGGAUCGGGGUGCAGAAGGUGCCCGACACCCAGGCCUGGAACUGGGUGAACGGCGACCCGGUGGUGAAGCCCCGCUGGGGCCAGGACCAGCCCAACAGCUACGUGGGCGAACAGAACUGCGUGGUGCUGGACGGCGGCCGUGACUGGCUCUGGAACGACUUCACCUGCAAGAUCGACUACCUGCACUGGAUCUGCGAAUACAGGCCUCAGCUGUGCGGCAGUCCGGACCGUCAGGAGAACACCACGGUGGUCGGCACGGACUUCUCAGUGAACCAGACCAUCGAGUACCGGUGCCCCGAGGGCUGGCAGCCGAUCGGCGACGAGCUGCGCACCUGCAAGGAGGACGGACAGUGGUCGGGCCGGGCGCCAUCCUGCCGCUUCGUCGACUGCGGCCCACUAACCGCCCCUGAGGACGGCAAGCUGUCUAUGCUGGACGACCGCACCACGUUCGGUGCUCGCGCCCGGUUCACCUGUAAGGAAGAGCACGCACUGCUCGGAGACCCACUGAGAACGUGUGGCGACGGCGGCAAGUGGACCGGCGAGCCGGCCAAGUGCCUCUUCGCCGUGUGCCCGGAGCCGGCGGCGCCCGAGCACGGCUCCGUGACGGUGCGCGGUAACCUGACGGCCGGCACCGAGGCGCUGUUCUCCUGUGACCCGGGCCACCAGUUGCUCGGUGACACGGUGACCCGCUGUCAACUCGGUGGCACGUGGGAGACGCCGCCACCCGUGUGCCGCCUUAUCGACUGCGGCCAGCCGCCGGAGCCGGCGCACGGCACGCGCACCCUGAACGGCGGCACUCUGCUGGGUGAUGUGGCCACGUUCAGCUGCCCAGAGGGGUACACCAUGAUCGGCUCGAGGAGCAGGAGCUGCCUCAGCGACGGGACGUGGAGUGGCGAGCCAACCCAGUGCAGCCUGAUCGACUGCGGCGAGCCCGAGGUGCCUGCUGACAGCUACGUUACCGGCUACGGGUUCCACGUGAACAGCUCGGUCGAAUACCACUGCGACGACGGCUUUCUGCUGGAGGGCGAGGCGGUCAGGGAGUGUCGACUGGACGGCACCUGGAGCGGACAGCCGCCCACCUGCCGCUUCGUGGACUGCAGCCGACCGUUUGCGCUGCUGCACGGCGACGUGCAGUACCUCAGCGGCGGCACCUCUCUCGGCUCCGAGCUGCAGUACUCGUGCAGCCGAAACUACCAGCUGGUCGGGGAGCCGAUUCGCGUCUGUCAGGCAGACGGCACCUGGUCGGGCUACGCGCCCACCUGUGAGCAGAUCCGGUGCGAGCAGCCCGAAAAACCCAGCCACUCGCUGACCACGGUGACGGGCAACGACAGCCGCAGACAGAAGGUGAAGCAGAUUCUGCUCAACCAGCGCUUCAGGGAGACGUUCAGAGUCGGCGCCAAGGUCACCUACUCGUGCAAACAGGGAUACAAGGUGACCGGUGCCGCGGAGCGUACCUGUCUGAACACGGGCGGCUGGUCGGGCCUGCCCCCCUCCUGUGAGUUCGUCGACUGCGGUCCACCGCCGCCACCGGUCAUCGGCAACGUCAGCCUGCCGUCGCGCGCCACCUUCUACGGGGCUGUGGCGGAGUACUCGUGUCCGGAUAAAUACCAGCUGGUUGGAGACGGACAGCGUGUCUGCGAGGGAGAGGGAGCCUGGGGCGGCGAGCUGCCCACCUGUGAAGAGGUGGACUGCGGCACCCCGGAGCGGCCCGAGGAGACCCUCUCCGUGUCGACCUCGGGUCAGCGGGUGGGCGACCUGGCCACCUACAGCUGCGUGCCCGGCCACCGGCUGGUCGGCGCUGCGUCCCGCACCUGUCUGGCCACCGGCGGAUGGAGCGGCGCACCUCCGCGAUGCCAGGUUGUGGACUGCGCGCCACUACCUACCCUCGAGAACGGCCGUGUGUACAGUCUGAACGAGAGCACCGAGUACGACACGCUGGUGGAGCACCACUGCUUCCCCACCCACCGGAGGAGAGGACCGUUCCGGCGGCGCUGCACGAGGGACGGCACCUGGUCCGGCAUGAGCACCGUCUGUGUUCCUCGCACCCCACAACUGGACUCCACGGAGACAGUGCCUGUCGCCGCCGAGCCGGGCGGGCCUGCUGGUGACUCCGGUGACGUCAGCGACUCCAGUGACGUCAGCAGCGCGGCGGGCGCGGCCGGCUCUGCCGAGCAGAGGGACCAGCAGGCGCGCCACAUCACCGGCGCCUGGACCGGCUCCGCUGUCGUGAUAUUCCUGGUGGCGGCAGUGCUGGUGGCCGUCUUCUGGCUUAGAAGACGUAAGCAGGCGGAGAAGAACUCGUCCAACAACCACUCGCUGGAGGAGCGCCAGGUGCCCAUCACCACCCUGCCAGGGAUGGCCGUCUACGCGGUACCGGCCGACGUGCGGCCCGGCGAGGGCAUCCAGACGCGACCGCUGCCCUCGCGUCCCAACGAGGAGCCCAUUUACAACGAGGCGGACGACAGCUUCUCCUCGGGACCGGACAGCUUCACAUCGGAGCCGCCGGCGCCGGACAACACGUACGCCAACCGAGACGCUACCUAUGCCAACGGGCUCCACCACGGCAGCGUCCUCUAUGAGAACGGUGUGAGCGACGCGAGCGCCACCUACGCAAACAGCGGCUCCGAGACGGGCGUGAGCGCGCCGAACGGGCGGCCGGGCUCGCGCGACAGCGGCACGCACAGUCCACCCGUCACGGUGAACGGGAUGCAGAUGUGAGUGGAUUGAUACGAUGGUCUCUUGAACACUGUAUCCGGACUCGGACACGGUAUCCGGACCCGGCCGUGGUAGGACACAGGCCGAGUUAUGAGCGAUAAAUCUGUGAUUAUGCUAGAGGGCGGCGAGCCGGCAGGACUGCAGUGAGCGUCCUGCACUGCUGGAUCCAGCUGAGGACUAAAAUGCCGCACCGAGAGACGGUCGAGCGGACAGAAUACGAGAUAAGAUUAUAGAGAGUGAGGCGAUGGAUAAUGCUGAGAAUGGCUGUCGGCAGUGGACUGGGAGCGUUUAGGCUAUCAGUCGAGAGCCUGAUGACGGACCUCAUUGCUGAAACUGGUGAGCGGGUUGAAGCGUUCAGAGUUGAGGGUCGGGACCGUGAAACGUUGUUCGCCCAUAGUCGUGAGCUUAGUGACGCGUCUGUAAUGCCGGGACUGGCUAACGGAGUGUUCGCUCUUCAAGGAGCGGUCAUAGACUGAAGGGUUCAUAGUCAGGGGAGAAAUAAGACCGGCCGCGAGACACGGUCUUCUCCGCCCCUCCCCCCCCCUCCCGAUUACCAUAAGUCCACCGUCCAGGGGUGAUCUGGGAGAAUACAUUACCAUGACAACCAUGGCAUUGUUUGCUGUUG